GCAGUUUGAUGUUAAAAUAAAAAAAAAUAAUUAAUCAGGCAGUAUGAUUAUUUAUAUACCUUAAACAUUAAAUAAGUAAAUAAGCACCUGCCUGUCAAACAUGAAAGACGCAUUUAUCACUUUGCUGAUUGUCGGAAUAAUUCAUGCUUCUGCUAAUGACUUGAGACUUGUAAAGGAAAGAAUACGAUUCUUAGAGAACAGAGUUAAUUCAGAAUCAAAAUUCAGACAUGAGGAUUACUCAGAAAUAAUCUACAGGUUGGACGAGAUAGAUAAAGUAUUGAAUACAUCGCUUGAUAGCAGAGCCCGAGUAAGCCGCUACGAUGAACUGCCCAAAGAAACAGGCGAAACAAGCUCUAAAGCUUUUGAACAUCUAAAAGAAGACUUUAUACGAAUCAGGAAAGCAUUUGGCGAGGUGAAGGCAAAAAUGGCAAGAAGUCGUAGAGAAAUUCCUAUCUUAGGAAAUAAUCUUAAAGCAGUUCAAGAGGAAAUAGACAACUAUUGUAAAAUAGGUUUAAACAAGACAGACAAGGUUAUUUCGAGAUUAGAAACAAACACAUUGAUGAUAUCAAAAGUCAGUGCAAAACAGAUUGCCGUGUACGAUAAGUUAGAAAACGUCAAUCAACUGAAAGAAAUUACUUUAAAACUUGAGCAAGUUAAACAGAAAACUGAUGACAUGGAGAACAAAACAGCCAUAAGCAAUGGAAGAGUUGAUACUAUAGCAGCAAAUGUGGAAAUAAAUAAAGUAAAUCUAGAACGUGUAUACUCGCUGGUAACAGAAUUAUCAACUAACGUUAAGCCCCUAUUGAGACAAGUAUCAAGUAUAGAAGAAACAAGCGAGUUGAUAGUAUCUGAAGUCAGUAAGAAACAUAUAAAAUUGCUCAAUGAAAUAAAUGAAAAUUCUUCACACGACAAUACACAAUUGAAAGACAUCGUUAAAAGACUUGGGCAGGUAAAAAAGCAAGUUGAUGACAAUGAAAACAGUAAAAGAGUAGAUGCUAUAGCAGCAAUUGUGGAAGAGAAUAAAGUAAAUAUAGAACGUGUAUACUCGCUGGUAUUAUCGAUCUUAUUUAAACAAAGGUCUUGUAAUGAAAUACUCAAUAACGGAUUCACACUAAAUGGUGCAUAUAACCUACGACAAGGGCAUAUGGUGUACUGCGACCAAACCACAGAUGGUGGGGGUUGGAUAGUAUUUCAGAGAAGACUAGAUGGUGAGGAAGACUUCUACCGUAACUGGGCUGACUACAAAAAUUGCUUUGGCGAUCUAAACGGCGAGUUCUGGCUCGGUAAUGAACAUUUGAGUUUACUGACAGCAAGUGGAGAACAUGAACUUAGAAUAGAGUUGGAAGAUUUUGAUGGAAACAGUGUAUAUGCCAAGUAUAGCAAGUUUAAGAUAUAUCCAGAAGAUGACAACUACAAACUGGAGGUAAGUGGAUAUAGUGGAACUGCCGGGGAUUCCCUAGCUGAACAUAAUGGGAGGAUGUUCUCAACUUUUGACAGAGACAAUGAUCAUGCUUCAACAUCAAAUUGUGCUGUUCUGUAUCAUGGUGCGUGGUGGUAUGCGAGUUGUUACCUUUCAAAUCUCAAUGGCCAAUAUUUCGAAAAAAGUAAUAAAGGAAUCAUGUGGCUCAGAUGGAAAUACUCGAGUUUAAAGAUAGUAGAAAUGAAAUUCCGUUAGCACUUGUAGAAAAAUCAACAUUACUGAACUCAUCUAUGUUUUACUAGGUUGCUGCCAGAAUAUUUCCUUUGAUUCUCUUGAUCAUCAUAAUAAUAGUAUGAUGUUUUCAACGAUUAACAAUAAUAACGAUAAAUACUCAAUAAAUUGUGCUGUCAGUCAUGGUAGUAUCCAAGAGUUAUUAUCAAUCAUAUACAAGUAAAUCUCAACAAACGGUAUAGCAAACGUAAAAUAUUCAUUCAUACCGUGAUGAAUUUGACUAUAUGCAAAGGAGCGGCGAGUUUCAAUAUCUAAAUAUUGUUGGAAUAUUACAAAACGUAUAAUUCGAAAAUACCUGUUUGAAAGAAAUAUGUUGGUUGAAUAUCUUGUGAAUUGAGUGCGCGGAAUUAUUGCUGAACGGUUUAAUACCUACAUAACAUAGCGGCAUUAUAUUUCCUUCUAGAGCAGAUGUUUGUGACCCCCCCCCCUUCCCGUGUUUUACACAUCGUAAAAUCAAUGGAUUUAGAGAAAGUUCGAUGCUUAUAAAAUAAUGAAAUUGCCCUCAUUUGCAAUAAAAGAAAAAAAAGUAGCAAAAUUAAUGUACGAAGUAUUUUGUCUUCCAUUUCUAAUACUAAAUUACUGUAACUUCAACGUAUAUUUAUUGCCAAUAACAAAGGAAGCAAAAGAUGGCUCAGGUAAUUGGCAGACGAGUAACUGUUUGGAAAUUAUAUCAGGACAACAAAACUAGAUAGAUUUUGAGAAAUAAAAAGUUUUUGGGACAAACCAUUUUGACGGACACAGUACAAAACGUUUUAAUUAUAUAUGUACAUGUUGAAAAUCAAGUAGAAACAAGCGGGGGACAUGUACAUGUAUAUCUUGGAAUGGCUCCAGUCCCUGCUGACAGAAGUGUGAAGGCGUAUUUACAUCUGCACACCAAAAUCGAUGUUUUUAUUGUGUUUUAACCUCUUAUAUUUCUAACGUAUGUUUGUCUAGUUAAAAAGAAAAUUCAUUUUACAUUUAUUUUGCAAAGAAAAUUCCUCGUACAUUUGUCAAGUCAGGGUUUCAUGUAUGUUUAAACCAAACUGUUAUGUGUAUAUUCUGAAUUCUGUUUAAAGUUUCAUUAUUUAUAUAAAGUAUUGUAAAAUUUACAAAAUUUCCCAGCUGUAUUGUAAUCUUAAAUUAAAUCGCUUUGAUGUAUCACCUUUCUAUUAUUUGAUUUGUUUCAUUUUUUAAACAGUUUCAUAUGAACGACCUUAAAGCUGCAUGCCUCCGGACGAGCCGAAAUUUUUCAAGAAAAUUAAAUUUGAGAAAAAUGUGCUAAAAUUUUCAGAAAAGUAAAAUGUUUCAAGAUUCAAGUAAUGAUUUACAGGUUAUAGGCAAUUAAAGGCUGAUUUUAGGGUAUUUAUCAUCCUAUUUAUACUGCGUUACUAACACAGUAAGGGCUAAUUUUGCUUAUUUUCACCUCUAUUUGGUAAUUUAUAUGGAUUGCAAGGGCAAUUUUGCAAUGGGUAAAUUAUUUUCUUUGUUCACUUCACAAUAUUUUACUUUUUAAUACAUUUUUAAAAUUUUCAUGAAAAUUAGCACGAAUCUGGAGGCAUGCUGCUUUAAACACAGAAAAAAAUAAAAUAAAAUGGUUAAAUGUUAUGCUCUUGUGUCGAGCUAGUGAUAACAAAAGACCUGGUCUCAGUAAACAGAUUUUAUUUAAAAUAUUUUAACAAAUACAUGUAUAUUACCAUAUGAAACAUAAAUAUUAUUGGUUGGACAAGUUGCUGACGGAAGAA